UUGGCCGAGCGGGACCAUAUGCGACGUCUGACGCCGGUGUGUGUUGAUUGAAUCUGGUUAAAGAACUGGCACUCGUUUUUCCAGCACUUCGCCUUCCUGCUUCAUCUAUAGCUACUACUCGGAAGCUACCUCCACCUCUGCUCUUGCUGCUUCCUCUUGUAGUCCUCUUCAUACUUCAUGCUGUUUCUGAAUCCACCAUAUUCCACGAAGGAAGAAAGUUGAGGCGAGCAAGAAAGUUGAGGCCGGCAAAGGAGCGGAGAUGGAAACAGCGGUGGCCACCGCUUUUCUCACUAAGAUCGCGCCGAAGCUCUUCGCGUUUCUUCAGGAAAAACACAAACGGCGGCAGAACCUGGAGCGCGACAUCCAGUACAUCAGGAAGGAAUUCCGCAUGAUCGCCGCCGCCAUCCAGGACCAUGACCGUCGUCGCGGUCUCCAGCGGAGCGACGGCGACGAUGUGCAGAGGGUCUGGAUCCAGCUCGUGCGUGACCUGGCCUACAGCAUCGAGGACUGCGUUGACCGCUUCACGCACCGCGUGAGACUGCCGCCGCCGCCCAAGCCCGACGGGUCGACGCCGUCGUGGCUCCGGAAGACUGUCCAUGGGGUGAAGACGGCGACGACCCGCAGCAAGUUCGCCACUGCGGUCCGUGAGCUCCGCAAGAUCUCAGAGGAGGCGUCCAAGCUGAGAGCGUGUUAUAUUGGCAGCGGCGGCGGUGGUGGCUGCCAAUCUAGCACCUCGGGGCUGUCGGCGUCGUCGAGCACCUUCUUCUCGUCGUGCGAAACGACAACGCACACCAUUGCAGCUGACCUCGUGGGCAUGGACGUGCCCCGUGACGAGGUCCUACAGCUGAUGAGGGAAACCCAAGGCCAACCGAAGCAACUGAAGGUGAUCUCCAUUGUUGGGUUCGGUGGUUUAGGGAAGACACUUCUUGCCAGGGAGGUCUACGAUGAGAGCGGCGACGGGCAGUAUGAACCACGGGCUUGGGUUCGCGCCGCAGAGAGGGGCGCCGGGGAUGUUCUCAAGGAGAUACUCCAUGAACUUGGCAUGCAGGUACCUGAUGGCGGCGAUAUUAACAAGCUCAGCACCAGCAUCAGAGACUGCCUUGGGUCCAAGAGGUUCUUCAUUGUGAUCGAUGACAUGCGGAAAGAAUUUUGGAACAUCAUAAAGAACGCCUUCCCUGCAGUCUCCGGCGUGAGCAGCAGAGUCGUUGUUACAACGGCCGUCCACUCCAUAGCAAAUGCCUGCAGCAGCUUUGCUCAUGGUCAUGUGUACAUGAUGAGGACUCUUGACGAAGAAAACUCGAGGAGGUUGUUCUUCAAACAAGCUUCCCUGGAUGAUCCACCGCCUGAUGCGGGGCUUGGUUCCGAGGCGCUAAAGAAAAGCGAUGGUCUGCCACUUGCUCUUGUCACCGUAGCCCAGUUCUUGCAGAGCAGAGGCAAUCCGACACGGACAGAAUGGGCAAAGUUGUGCAACAAUCUGGGUGAGCUCCUGGAAACAAAGGAUACAUUAGCAAGGAUGAAUCGCGUGCUCGCUGACAGCUAUAGCAGCCUCACUGAUCAUGUCCUCAAGGCCUGCUUGCUAUACAUGGGCAUUUUUCCAGGUGGUCGUCCGGUCAGGACAGAGAGUCUGCUAAGGCGAUUGUUGGCUGAAGGAUUUGUUGAAGAAUGUGGUGUUGCAAAUGACAGAUUCAAGGAGCUUGUUGACCGGAGCAUCGUUCUGCCUGUUGCUGUGAACAACAAUACAGAGCUGAAGACGUGCCAGACCCAUGGUAUGAUGCUUGAGUUCAUCUUGCGCAAGUCGGUACAAGAGAGCUUCGUUACGUUGUUACAUGGCCAGGAUCGCCCGCCCGGUGAUGGUAAAAUCAGGUGGCUUUCCCUAAACCAUUACUCGGGGAAUCCAAGCAAUGAUUUGUCUCAUGUCCGGUCUCUGACUGUCUUUGGGAAGGCACACAAAUCUGUCCUGGAAUUCUCCAAGUAUGAACUGCUGCGAGUGUUGGAUCUAGAAGAAUGCGAUGACUACUUGGAUGACAAGCAUUUGUUGGAGAUAUGCAACCUGUUGCUUCUCAGGUAUCUAAGCCUAAGAGGCAAUAAAACCAUUACAGUGCUUCCCAAGGAGAUCUCAAAGCUUAAAUACUUGGAGACAUUGGACCUAACACGGACGAAGAUAGAGGUUCUGCCCAUACAAGUUCUGAAGAUGACAUCUUUGAUUCAUCUGUUUGGAGCGUUUAAGCUUGAAGAUGUAGGCCGGAAGGUGAGUAAGCUACAGGCUUUCCUGUCAGAGAAGAGCAAGUUGGAGACACUCAAAGGGUUUGUUGCCGACGAGAGCCAAAUAUUUGCACAACUCUUGCAACAUAUGGAGCAUCUAACAAAGGUGAAAAUAAGAUGGGUGCCCACUGUGGAUGGCAGCAGCAACCUCAAUCAUCUCUCAGACGCCAUCCAAGGGUUCAUUGAGAGAAGCACCAACAUGAACGAUGCCCAUUCACUAUCACUGGGCUCCACAGAAUGGCCCCAAGACUUGCUCAAUUUCUCUCUGGAAAAUUCCUGCUAUCUUCAUUCGUUGAAGCUACAUGGCAACAGCAUAUGCAGCCUGCCUCCGUUUGUCACCAUGCUGGGUGGCCUCACUGAGCUGUGUCUUUCAUCUCCAAACAAUCAGCUCAGCGGGGAUAUUCUUGCUUCUGUCAGUACAGUGCGCUGCUUGCACUAUCUCAAACUUACCGCAAAUCAAUUAGGCAGUUUGGAGAUAGAGAAUGGGGUGCUGGGUAGCCUGCGAGGCCUAUGCAUAGUGGUGCAAUCCAUGGCCGGGUUAGAUAUCAAGAAGGGGGCUCUGCAGCGGCUCGAGUCACUCCGGCUGCUCUGCAAGGAUCUAGAUGGCCGGGUUCUUUGUGGCAUAAACAUGGAGUGCCUCAGACAACUUAAGGAGGUCGCUCUCCAUGAUGGAGUGAGCGAUGGAGCAAAGCAAGAUUGGAAAGAAGCAGCAAAGAAGCACCCGAAACAGCCCAAGGUAUUGUUUAUGCAAACAAUGGAAGAUGUCGAUUGGAUGCAGAUGGGAAGUAGUAACGAGAAUUCAGAGAGCUGCGCAGCACCAACUCCCAUGUCUGAAGAUGACGUCCAAACGCAGGUUGGAUCUGUCAUGCAGAAGAGCCCGGCAGGAACGAUUGCCAGACUGAUCCAUGGUUCCAAGAGGACCAACAAUCACCUCGGACACCACCUCUGUGAAUUUGAUAACCAGAGUAAACAGGAACUGGAAGCAGCAGCAAGCAAGCAACCUAAACGUCCCAAGGUCUUGUUUGUGGGGACAGUGGAAGACGUUGACGUGACGAUGCAGAUGGAGCAUUCUGCGGCAACAGCUACUGUUGCAGUGGCUGACGUCCAAAUGCGGCCUAGUGAGGGACGUGAGCACUCCAUCGCAGGGAAGAUUGCCGGACUAACACGACACUUCAAACGACGUCGCUUCUUGUAGAAAGGGCGCGAAGUCCUGACGAGACAUGUAUUCCAUUUCACGGUGUCCUGCAUCUUAUGUUACUUUGAGGGAGCCUGGAUGGAUCUUAGACCAUCUCCAGGGGACCCCUCUGUACACAACCACUGCCUAUUCUCUUACACUCCUUUGCUUGCUUUCAGCUAUAUUCGCUUGGCCCAAAAUGCAAGUAUAUAUAAAUACGAUUUUCUCGUACUA